CAGCAGCAGGCAGAGAUCAAACUCCCACCCGCCCUGCUGUCAAAGCGAGAUAUCGCGAUAACCUGACAGGGAGCUGGUGGGAUUUGGCCUUGAGCAAGGUUCAACCCUUCUAGGGGGGUAAGUUUGUAAACACGGAGGUCGCACGGCUGCUCACCUGUCGCGAUACGAGCUGCACUACUAGGAUGUCGGCUGCCUGGGAGCGCACGGUGACAUGGCGGAGCGCAUAGAGCCGUAAUGUUUUAUGUCUUCGGUGCGGGAGAUCGGAGCUGCCCAGGUGCUGAAGGACAGUACCCUCCUCCAUACUUCCCUGUCAGGUAAUCCCGAGGACCUGUAGAAUAUGAGUGAUGACAAACCAUUUGUAUGCACUGCCCCUGGAUGCGGCCAGCGUUUUACUAAUGAAGAUCAUUUGGCCGUGCAUAAGCAUAAACAUGAGAUGACACUGAAAUUUGGCCCUGCCCGAAACGACAGUGUAAUUGUUGCAGAUCAGACCCCAACCCCGACUCGGUUCCUGAAGAACUGUGAAGAAGUUGGUCUGUUUAAUGAGCUCGCAAGUCCGUUUGAAAAUGAUUUUAAGAAGGCAUCGGAUGAUGACAUUAAGAAGAUGCCUUUGGAUCUUUCCCCUCUUGUAACACCUGUUAUAAGAAGCAAGAUUGAGGAACCAGUUAUUGUUGAAACCACACAUCAGGACAGUCCAUUACCUCAUCCAGAGUCUACGACAAGUGACGAAAAGGAAGUGCCAUUGCCAACCGCACAGCCCACAUCUACCAUAGUCCGGCCUCCAUCACUUCAAGUUCCUAACGUGCUGCUUACAAAUUCAGACUCAAGUGUUAUUAUUCAACCAGCGGUACCUUCACCAACAUCCAGCACUGUAAUAACCCAAGCGCCACCUUCUAACAGACCCAUAGUACCAGUUCCAGCACCUUUUCCUCUAUUGUUACAUCUACCUAAUGGACAAACCAUGCCUGUUGCUAUUCCUGCCUCAAUCACAAAUUCCAAUGUACACAUACCUGCUUCAGUCCCAAUUGUCCGACCCGUCACCGUGGUGCCUACGAUCCCAGGGAUUCCAGGCCCUCCAUCUCCACCACCUGUUCAGUCAGAGGCAAAACUGAGACUAAAAGCUGCCCUGACCCAGCAGCAUUCUCAGGUAACCAAUGGUGAAACCACCAAUGGACAGUCGAGUGCAACUGCAAAGUCUCAGCCAGAGGAAGCUCAUCCACAGUCACUACAGCAACCCGCCACAUCAACUACUGAAACACCGGCAUCUCCAGCUCCCCCCGCACCACAACCUCAAAGCACAGGGGGGCGUCGGAGGAAAGCAGCAAGCGAUGACCCAGAUGAAAAGAGGAGGAAGUUUUUAGAACGGAACCGCGCUGCCGCUUCCAGGUGCAGGCAGAAGAGGAAAGUGUGGGUGCAAUCCUUGGAAAAGAAGGCAGAGGACCUGAGUUCAUUUAAUGGGCAGCUACAGAAUGAAGUCACCCUGCUGAGAAAUGAAGUGGCGCAGCUGAAACAGCUUCUUCUGGCUCAUAAAGAUUGCCCUGUAACCGCCAUGCAGAAGAAAUCUGGCUAUCAUAUAGAUCCAGAAAAAGACGAAAGCUCAGAAGACAUUUCAAUGCCUGGCAGCCCACAGACUGAAGCGAUCCAGCACAGUUCAAUCAGCACUUCCAAUGGUGUGAGCUCCACCUCCGUGGCAGAAGCAAUAGCGACAUCUGUUCUCACCCAGAUGGCAGAUCAGAGUACAGAACCAGCUGCCUCCCGCGUCAAUCUGGCUCCUCCUCCCGUGCAGCCUUCAGGAAGUUGAUUAGGAACACGCUCCACUCCAGGUUUUAGCAGAUGAUUGGCGAUUUCAGAGGGGAAAAGAGCGAAAGGCCAGUCUUGAGAGGUGAAAAUAAUGUAAAAACUCUCAUUUUAUGUUUUACGUUGUAGCCGCUAUGGAACAAGUCCUGCCCUUCUUCAGGAGCGAGUGUCUCUUCAUUUCCUUUUUCAACGUUUUUAAAGUUACUUUUUAGCUUCAAAUCAAUUAAUGUGACCCCUUUCUCUGUAAAAACCUACGUUAGGGGGUUAAAAAGAAAUUGUAACCCUAUUUUCGUGUAAACAAUACGGGGAUGAGAUCCGGGGUCAGAAACUAUGCUAAUGUCACCGUUAUACCAAAGUUGCAUAGUCCCCUUUGAUCUUGAUUGUUAAGGUCGUAAUGCACUAGGCGUGAGAAAGAAAGACAAAAUCGAUUUUGCUUUUAAUCUUUUGCCGUUUUAUUUAUUUUUUAAUUUUAUUUGCACAGCUGGAAAAAGAGAAUAGUGGGGGAUAUUACUUAUACUUUCUUCAUUAUUUAUGUUUUUUUUAAAUCUUUCUAAUUGCACUAAUUUUUAGUGGUUUGGACAUCAUCACAUUUGAAAUGUACAAAAUGAUUGCUCUUUAUUUGCAGACGUUAUAGUCUAAGUGCAAUAUUUCUUAGUUGCCUUUUUUUUUUUCUUUUUGGCAAACAUACAAACUGAAAAUAGUAAAAAUAAACUCACCCCAAUCCCAUAGAGUGCUAGUUUAUUAGAAGCAAGCAGGAUAGUUUCAGGAACAACACCUCUGUAUGUGCUCCCCAAGCUGUUACUUACUGUAUUUGAAGGCCAGGAAAAGCCUAAAGACCUAUUUUAGACGACUUUACAACUUGCAUUUUUCAUUGUAUUUGCUGAGUUGUACUUAACUCUUGUGUAAGCGCGAUCAUUAUCCUGUAACAGAAUUUUCAUACAUUUUUUCGUGGAGAGACAAACCAUUAAGUUAUUGGGAUGGAGUUCUUUGGCAAUAUAUGUAUGUUAUAUGUAGCAAGGCACUCAAAGUACAGAUGUAGCAGGGUUAACGCACAAACUCUUAACUCUAAUUUCUUAACCCAUCGUGAUAUCUUGAAACAAAAGCUGUUGAAAACCAAUUGAAAGUGUUUGCUUAACGCAUUUAGUUUAGAUAACACGUCUCAUAAAGCAUGUGUGUUAACUCUACUAUAUCCGUACUCUAACUUUCUAAUGUACUAUGUUGAAAAUUAGCCCCGUUACCUUGUGGCACUGAGGUCCUGGGUUCAAAUCUUACUACGGUAAACAUCAGCAGGGAGUUUGAAUAUUUUUCUGUGUGUUUGCAUGGGUUUCUUUUGGAUUCUCUGAUUUCUUCCAGCACUCAUAAAGCAUCCUGAUAGAUUACAGGGCAUCUGUCAGAAGAUUUGUACCUAUGAAACCGGCUGACCUGUUGCAUGUGCAGCUGAAGGCAUAUCUGUUGGUCCCAAGUUCAGAUGUGCCCGCAUAUCUGAGAAAAAUGACGUUUUAAUAUAUGCAGAUGAGCCUCUAGGAGCAACGGGGACGUCGCAGUUACACCUAGAGGCUCUGCUCUCUCUGCAACUGCCGCGCCCUCUGCACUUUUACUGACAGGCAGUGAAAACAUUAUUAUGCCUGCCUGGCCCUUUGAUUACGGUGAAGAGGGCGCAGCAGUUGCAGAGAAAGCAGA